AUGUUUGAGCUCGUACUCGGAGCACUUGACGGCUUCUCUGUUUCAGCAGCCUUUGGCCUGGCCGGCUGUGCUCUGACUGCAUACCUUGUGGCUCGAUGUGUCUACGACCUCUUCCUGCACCCGCUGCGCAACUUCCCGGGCCCCAAGCUGGCAGCGGUCGGGUCGUUUUAUGAGUUCUAUUACGAUGUGGUCAAGGAUGGGACAUACCUCUGGGAAAUCGAGAAGAUGCAUCGCAAAUACGGGCCGAUUGUUCGCAUCAACUCACGAUCACUGCACAUUCAUGAUCCCGAGUACUUUUCCACCAUCUAUGCUGGCGGCGGCCGGCCCGUCAACAAGGAGCCAUCGGCGGUGGCAGGCUACACGUUCCCUCAUUCCACCAUCGCCACGAUCGAACACGAUCUCCACCGCAAACGGCGGGCGGUCGUGAGCCCGUAUUUCUCCAAACGUGCCAUCGUCGGCCUGGAACCCACCAUCCAAGAAAGACUGGACGUCAUGUGCUCACGCCUCCGAGAGACCAUGACCCAGGGAAUGGGAGCGGGAAUCCCGGUCGACUUGACCUCAGCCUUCUCCGCCUUCACGGCCGACGUGGUCACCUUCCACUUCUACGGCUCGCAUCCCAACUACCUGGGCAGCGACGGCUUCAAGUUUGGCCUCAAAGACGCCCUCACAGCCUUGCUGGACUUCUACCACCUCACCCGCUUUCUCCCCGUGCCCCCAACCACCAUCAAGAAUCUUCCACUCCCCAUCCUCCGCUUCCUCAACCCGAACUUUUCCCUCGUCAUGUCGGCCCGCAGUGCCAACAAGAAAAACAUCAUGGAAUUUCUUAACCGGCCCCGGGGCGGCGGCAGCGGCGCCAGGGACACCCAGACCAAGUCCAAAUUCAAAUCGGUCAUUGUCAGCGCCUUGACCGACCCGAGCAUCCCGGCCGAGGAGAAGAAUAUUGAUCGCCUGCUUGACGAGGGCGAGACCAUCAUCUUCGCCGGCAUAGAUACCACUGCCCGGACUCUCGGGGUCGCCAUGUUCCACCUGCUGAACGACAAGAAACACCUGCAGAGGUUGCGACAGGAGCUGCACACCCUGCCGAACUCGGCAGACGCCAACCGCGCGUGGACUGUUGCUGAGCUCGAGGCUCUACCCUUCAUGAGAGGAGUCGUCCAGGAGGCGCUCAGGCUUUCAUAUGGCCUGGUCGUCCGCAUUCCAAGGAUCUCGGCCGAGGAAGCUUUGCAAUACAACGAGUACACCAUCCCACCGGGGACUCCCGUCAGUCAGUCGACCUACCUCAUCAACAACGAUGCGUCGAUCUUCCCGAAUCCUCACGAAUUCGACCCUGAUCGUUGGAUCAAGGCAGCCCAAGACGGCUUCAAUCUCGACAAGUACAUGGUUAGCUUUUCCAAAGGGAGCAGGGGUUGUCUCGGUAUAAAUCUGGCCUACGCCGCACUGUACCUUGGCAUAGCAAAAGUCGCCAGCAGCCUCGAUAUGGACCUUUGGGAAACCACACAACAGGAUAUUGAACUGUACCAUACCCGAGGCUUUGCGUUUCCCAAAGAAGGCAAUGGCGCAGUGAAAGUCCGAGUUACGGGGAUACCCAACUAUAACUACUAG